AGAAAACACACUGGAGAGAAGCCUUACAAAUGUAAUCAAUGUGGUAAAGCCUUUGCAAAAAGCAGUCAGCUCAUAAGGCAUAAAAUAACACAUACUGGAGAGAAACCUCAUGAAUGUAACCAAUGUGGUAAAGCCUUUGCACAAAACAGUCAUCUCAUAAGCCAUAAAAGAACACACACUGGAGAGAAACCUUAUGAAUGUAAUGAGUGUGGCAAAGCCUUUGCAGAAAACAGUACUCUCUUAAGCCAUAAAAAAACACACACUGGAGAUAAACCUUAUGAAUGUAAUGAGUGUGGUAAAGCCUUUGCACAAAACAGUCAUCUCAUAAGCCAUAAAAGAACACACACUAGAGAGAAACCUUAUGAAUGUAAUGAGUGUGGUAAAGCCUUUGCAGAAAACAAUACUCUCUUAAGCCAUAAAAGAACACACACUGGAGAGAAAACUUAUGAAUGUAAUGAGUGUGGCAAAGUCUUUGCAGAAAACAGUACUCUCUUAAGACAUAAAAGAACACACACUGGAGAGAAACCUUAUGAAUGUAACCAGUGUGGUAAAUCCUUUGCACAAAACAGUCAUCUCAUAAGACAUAAAAUAAUUCACACUGGAGAGAAACCUUAUGAAUGUGACAAGUGUGGUAAAGCCUUUACACAAAACAGUACUCUCUUAAGCCAUAAAAGAACACACACUGGAGAGAAACCUUGUGAAUGUAACCAGUGUGGUAAAGCCUUUGCACGAUACAGU